GCUCGCGCGGUGCGAGGCUCUCCUGGGGACGCCCGGAAACGCCGCCUGGGCCCAAAGGCCGCAACUGCCACCCGGGCCGAUUCCUUCCCCUUAAACCUCCUUUUCCGACUCCCGCUGCAGGUUCAAUGUAGCCCCCGGAAUCGGGCGGGGAGGUUUACAGAAACAUGGCGGAUCUGUCGCUGCUCCAGGAAGACCUGCAGGAGGAGAUAGACGGAUUUGGUGUGGAUGACUACAGCUCAGAGUCUGAUGUGAUUAUUAUACCUUCAGCCGUGGACUUUGUCUCACAAGAUGAAAUGUUGACGCCUCUAGGAAGAUUGGACAAGUACGCCGCAAGUGAGAACAUUUUUAAUAGGCAAAUGGUGGCUCGAAGUUUGUUGGAUACUUUAAAAGAAGUGAGUGAGGAUGAGAGAGAUUGUAUUGCUGUACUGGAAAGAGUCAGCAGGCUAGCAGAUGAUUCCGAGCCAACAGUUCGAGCUGAAUUGAUGGAGCAGGUGCCUCAUAUUGCUUUGUUUUGUCAAGAAAACAGGCCUUCAAUUCCAUAUGCUUUUUCAAAAUAUUUAUUGCCUAUUGUGGUGAGGUACCUUGCAGAUCAGAAUAACCAGGUGAGAAAAACAAGCCAGGCAGCAUUACUUGUUCUGUUAGAGCAAGAACUUAUUGAACGAUAUGAUGUGGAGACCAAAGUAUGCCCAGUUCUUGUAGAGUUGACUGCUCCAGAUAGUCAUGAUGAUGUGAAGACAGAGGCUGUGGCCAUAAUGUGCAAAAUGGCCACUAUGGUAGGAAAGGACAUCACAGAGAGGCUCAUUCUUUCUAGAUUUUGUGAGAUGUGCUGUGACUGCAGAACAUUUCAUGUUCGUAAGGUUUGUGCUGCCAAUUUUGGUGAUAUAUGUAGUGUGGUCGGACAGCAAGCCACUGAAGAAAUGCUGCUGCCUAGAUUUUUCCAGCUUUGUUCUGAUAAUGUAUGGGGUGUGCGGAAGGCUUGUGCAGAAUGCUUCAUGGCUGUUUCAUGUGCCACAUCACAAGAAGUCCGUCGAACAAAGCUGUCAACUCUUUUUAUUAACCUUAUCAGUGAUCCUUCGCGAUGGGUCCGCCAAGCUGCCUUUCAGUCCCUGGGGCCUUUUAUAUCGACGUUUGCUAACCCAUCCAGCAGUGGUCAGUUUUUUAAAGAAGAAGAAUGUAAGAAUGCUGAGGAUCAGAACAUUGCAGAGGAACAUAGCAAUGAGAAAAAUAUGGAUUCAGAAGAUGUCCUAACCCAUGAUGUACAAAGCCAGACGGAGUUGUCUUUUGAUGAUGAUGACAGAGAUUUUGUAAAGACCCUUGAAACCACCAAGGAAGAGAGUAAUACUGAGUUGGUUCAUUACCAGAAUGAACCAGUUUUCCAGCCUGAGAUGAUGUUACAUUGCACUUUGUCUCAAGAUCCAUCCAGUGAAACUGCAGAAGCAAAUGAACAAAGCUUUGAUCAUGGUAGCAUAACAGUGCUUCCAGCACCUACAUUGAGUUUCCAGGAAAAUACCCUUUCAGAGCAGGAAUUAUAUAACUCAUUCCAUUUCUGGAGGACUCCGCUUCCUGAAAUAGAUAUUGAUUUAGAGCUUCAGGAAACUGCAGAAAUACUUGAUUCAGAAACUCAGGAAGGAAAACAGGAGGUUGUUGCACAGGCUUAUCCAAACAUUACUAUGGCAAAAAGGAAGGAGUUAGAAGAGAUGAUAGAAAAUUUGGAACCUCAUAUGGAUGAUCCAGACGUUAAAGCACAAGUGGAGGUUCUCUCUGCUGCCCUCCGAGCCUCAGGUCUGGACCCUCUGGAAGAAGCUACAGCAGGUAUUGGCAAGUUGGCAGAUUGUCAAAAUGAACUGAGGAUCAAAGACCAGCUGAACUGUAAAUUAAUUCAGGAUGACACUGUGCCUUCACUCAACAAUGCUGUUGAGAAUAUUGUAGAAUCUGCUCUUCGCUAUAUUCACAGUGAUUCAGACUUGAGCACUAACAAUAGUUUCAGUCCUGAAGAAGAAAAAAAAUCUAAAAUUCAGGACAUUGUACCUCAGGCUUUGCUGGACCAGUAUUUAUCCAUGACAGAUCCCUCCCGUGCUCAGACUGUUGAUACAGAAAUCGCUAAGCACUGUGCCUACAGCCUUCCAGGUGUGGCACUUGCCUUAGGUAGACAAAACUGGCACUGUUUGAAAGACACCUAUGAGACUCUAGCCUCUGAUAUGCAGUGGAAAGUUCGAAGAACAUUGGCAUUCUCUAUACAUGAACUUGCAGUCAUUCUUGGAGACCAGCUUACAGCUGGUGACUUGGUUCCAGUCUUUAAUGGCUUUUUAAAGGACCUUGAUGAAGUCAGGAUAGGUGUGCUUAAGCACCUACAUGAUUUUCUGAAGCUGCUUCAUCCUGAUAAAAGGCGGGAAUAUCUUUAUCAGCUUCAGGAAUUCUUAGUGACAGAUAAUAGCAGGAACUGGCGCUUCCGAGCUGAGCUGGCUGAGCAACUGAUCUUGCUUUUAGACCUGUAUAGUGCCAGAGACAUAUAUGAUUACCUACGACCCAUUGCUCUCAGCCUUUGCUCAGACAAAGUGUCUUCUGUUCGUUGGAUAUCUUACAAAUUGGUUAGUGAUAUGGUUAAGAAGCUGUAUAAUGCUCCAACACCAACCUUUGUAGUAGAUCUCAUGAAUGAGCUAGUUGAAAGUUUCUGUAGAUGCCCAAAGUGGUCUGGCCGACAAGCAUUUGUAUUUAUUUGCCAGACUGUCAUUGAAGAUGACUGUCUGCCAAUGGACCAAUUUGCUGAGCAUCUACUGCCUCAUCUGCUGCACUUGGCCUCAGAUAGAGUUCCAAAUGUUAGAGUCCUGCUUGCAAAAACCUUAAGGCAGACUCUUUUAGAGAAAGAAUAUUUUCUAAUCUGUGUCAAUUCGUAUCAAGAAGCUGUGGAACAGACAAUCAUGGCCCUUCAGAUGGAUAAUGACAGCGAUGUUAAAUACUUCGCAAGUGUUCACCCUGCCAGUACCAAAAUUGCUGAUGAUGCCAUGAGCACAGCCUCUUCAACAUAUUAAAAGUAUUCCGUGAACAUUACCAUAAUUUUAUUUUUUUAAAGUUAAAAAAUCACAGGGCAGUCCUCAAGUGAUCCUGUGAAAUGGAUGAUCUGAAACCUCCUUUUUCACGGAGGAGAGAUUCUCUUGUCAGACUUAACUUCAAUUGGAUGUUAUCUAAACCCAAGACCAAGGACUCUAAGAGUCAAAGGAAAAAAUAAACAUUACCUGUUGCAUUUUGACUCUAGAAAAACUUUGCUCAGAGAAUUGUAUUUGUCACCGAAGCCUUAAAUCUUCUGUCUUCCAGAAUAUGUGAAACUUGAAUUGGCAGAGCAUUUUCAGUGUAGAAGGGAUGUAGUUUCCAGAGACUGGCAUUUGUUUUCUCCAAAGGAGUUAACUUAGCUACCCCCCCCCCACACACACACACCUUUAGGAAAUGAUAGCUGAAAUUCUCAUGGUCUGUAAAGGCCAAUUUGUAACAAAUAG